CUUCGGUAAGCUUCAAGUUUUGCGUUCCACGCUCAGUUCGUCAGAAGAGCGCUCAGUCCGCAGGGUGCACAGAGAACGCGGGGAUAGCAAACUUAAACAGAGACAACAGUGGAACUACAAAAAAGUAAAAUACAUACAUUAUGUAUGAGUCACCACCUGUCGAUUGAGGAUAAAAAAGCUCAUUCAAAUACAAGAUAAUGAGGAAUUGCGACCGCUGAACAAGGAGAAACCAGAAAGAGGCUCACCUUGGAAUCUUCGGCACUUUCUAUGUGAUUUCAAUGUUUACGCGUUGAGCGGCUUGGAUCGGACUUGGCUUCGCUGCUUGCGUCAGUGGAUGCGCUAUGGAAGGCGGAAACGAUGUAGAUCUGUCCAAUAACAACAUCACUCCACGGUGGAAGAAAAGGCCAGUUAAUGGAGCCGUCUCAAGCAGGCCCAAUCCCAGGCCCCUCAGCGGUCAGACAGCGGGUGUUUUAACGGAGGACAAAAGCGCCUUCACCUUGAGCCAGCCCGCCGAGAAGAUCGUGGCCUCGCCCGGCGGCCCGGCCGUUUUGAAGCAUGUCCUCAACAAGCCCUCCCGCAAGGCGAGGGUGGUGAGGAGCAUCAGCAUCGGGCAUCUGUCCAACGGGCGCUUUACCCUGUCCAAGCUCAAGUCGGAGGGCGACAAGCCGAGCACGGACAACCGGGCGCACCACGAUGUGGACGGGGCCCAAACGGGGAACGGGGUGGCGCACAGGCAGGACAGGCGCCCACCCUGCGACCGGCACAGGGAUGUGCAGAAGCGGUUGUCCAGCCCCAUGACCCUGACCUCUCAGACAGAUCAGAUUGUCUUCGGCUCCAGUCCUUCGGACACGCCUCUUUGGAAAACGAGCUCUCCCACUAACAGCUACGGCCACCUGUCCCCCCCAAACCAGCCGCCUGAGGCCCGAAGCCAUUCCCCUUCAUCCGGCACACCCUCCCACCCCCCCUCACCCCCCCUGUCACCCCACACUCCAUCCCAUACCCACUCGCCCCACACACCCUCCAUCCCCACCCCACCCCGCACCCCCUCUGACUCCCCUACACACCCUGCCCCACCCCUGGAGGACAGAGACGUGGUGCUCCUUCGUCAGACUUCAGGACCAUCCCAGGGCCCUGACAGUAAGCCCCAGCCCACGUUCGUCCUGAGCACCCACAGUCCGGUGGCCCAGAAGAUGGGCACCCAGCAGCUCAUACCCCGGGGCCUGGCCUCUGACGUGCGGCUCUGCAAGACUGCCCAGGGUAACCAUGGGAACCACGGUAAUGUGGGCCAGCUGGAGCCCAGCAAGCGGGCGCUGCGGGCCAUCAGCAUGGUGGAGACGGGCUCCUACUUCUCCACGGGAUGGGGCGAUGCUGAGGUGGACCCCAACGGGGACGGUGAUGGCGACAGCCCCGGGAUGCUGAGGAGGGGCCUCCGAUCCACAUCCUAUCGCCGGGCCGUGGUCAGCGGGGUGGACAUGGAGGUCCCCAAAACUGACCCCAAAGCUCAUCGCCUGUCACAGCCAGUGCUCAGGGGGCUGCCUGUGGACAAGGAGCAACCCUCCAGCCCAGGGAAGGGAAAGAGUAACGAGAAGAAGAAAGGACUACAGCCUCAGAGAACAUUCGAUAACGAAGAGGACGAGGUUCUGUACCAGAACUAUAAGGAGAAGGCCCUGCACAAUGACUCCGAUGAGGACGCCGAGGCCAGGGAGCCCAAGCCUGAUGAUCGCAUCGUGGUUCAGUACAGACCCAUACGGACCUCCUGGAGCCAGCUCAGUGUGGUUAAAAAGAGUGGAAUUUCCCAGAACUUAACCCCAGAGGAGCGCAAAAGACAAGAGGCGAUCUUCGAGGUCAUUUCCUCCGAGCACUCCUACCUGCACAGCCUGGAGAUCCUGGUGCGCAUGUUCAAGAACUCCACAGAGCUGAGCGAUACCAUGACCAAAACCGAGAGCCACCACCUCUUCUCCAACAUUGUAGAUGUGUGCGAGGCCAGCAAAAAGUUCUUCAGUGACCUGGAGGACAGGCACCAGCAGAACUUCCUCAUCGAUGACAUCAGCGACAUUGUGAUCAAGCACGCCCACUCGAACUUUGACCCCUACGUGACCUACUGCUCCAAUGAGGUGUACCAGCAGCGGACACUGCAGAGGCUUGUCACCAAAAACCCGUCCUUCAAAGAGGUUCUGACCCGGAUCGAGAGCCACCAGGACUGCCGUAACCUGCCCAUGAUCUCCUUCCUGAUCCUGCCCAUGCAGAGGGUGACCCGCCUCCCGCUGUUGAUGGAUACCAUCUGUCAGAAGACCCCCAAAGACUCCGCCCACUAUGAUGUCUGCAAGAAGGCCCUUCAGUCUGUGAGCAAGGUGGUUCGUCAGUGUAAUGAAGGAGCCCGCAGGAUGGAGAGGACGGAGAUGAUGUACACCAUCAACUCUCAGCUGGAGUUCAAAAUCAAGCCCUUCCCCCUGGUCUCCUCGUCCCGGUGGAUGGUGAAAAGAGGCGAGCUGACCGCAUUUGUGGAGGAGAAUGGCAUCUUCCUGAAGCGCACCUCACGACAGCAGGUCUACUUCUUCCUCUUCAAUGAUGUCCUCAUCAUCACCAGGAAGAAGAGUGAGGACAGCUACGCCGUGAUGGACUACGCCCUGCGGGACCAGAUCGCGGUGGGGCCAUGCCAGGCGGAGGACCUGAACCUCUCCCCGGUCAGGACCACGGCCGGCAUGCUGACCUCGCGGCAGAGCGUGCCCAGCCACCUGUUCCGCCUCGUGUUCCGCAGCGUCCACUCCGGAGAGAAGGUGCCCAUGGUCCUGGGGGCGGAGCUAAUGAACGAGCGAGCGCGCUGGAUCAGCGCCCUGGGCCAGAGCGGCAGCAACAGGAAGGACGCCGACAGGACCAACGUGAUGCAGGUGGAGAUUAUAAGGACGUACACAGCCAGGCAGCCAGACGAGCUGAGCCUUCAGGUGGCAGAUGUGGUGCUGGUGUCACAGGCCGUAGAGGAUGGCUGGUAUGAGGGUGACCGUCUGCGGGACGGGGAGAGGGGGUGGUUCUUAGCCGAGUGUGCCCAGAAGAUAACCUGCCAGGCCACCAUCGAGAAGAACAUGCAGAGAAUGGACCGCCUCCAAGGGCUGGAAACCAAUGUGUGAGCAGGACCCACCCACCCAAAGACCACUAAAGACCACACCCACCCACCCACCCACCCACCCAAA